AUGACCAACGAGCAUCACGCGAAGGACCCAAAGCAUCAUCAAGAGUCGUGGUAUGAUGACGCAGCCUCAUAUUGGGAUCGAGUUGAACCAACUGUCGAUGGAAUGCUGGGUGGAUUCUCAAGCUUGACGGAUAUAGACUGCAGAGGAUCCAUCAAAUUCAUUGAAGAAUACGUAAAGCCGAAACGAGGACCUGGUGGUAAACUCAUAUCUCCUCGACUAGAUACGAAACUUGCAUGUGAUUGUGGAGCUGGAAUUGGCAGGGUGUCAAAGAAUUUUCUUCUAAAAGUAUUCGAUAAAGUGGACUUGGUUGAACAGAACCCAAAAUUCCUGGAUGAAGGUCGCAAGCAGUUUAGUCAAGAGCAAGUAGACAAGUACAUACCGCUGGGAUUACAGGAUUUUGUACCUGAAGCCGGGAGAUAUGAUAUGAUUUGGUGUCAGUGGGUGCUGGGACAUUUGACCGAUGAUGACUUUAUCGAAUUCUUCAAGAGGUGCAAAACAGGGCUGAAACCGAACGGCUUGAUUGGUGUCAAGGAAAACACCUCAGAAGCUGAUUAUGAAAUCGAUGAAGUGGACUCGUCAGCGACUAGGUCUAUUGGCAAGCUGACGGAACUCUUUGGAAAAGCUGGCCUGGCUGUAGUGAAACAAGCGAAACAGAAUGGUUUUCCUGCAAGUUUGUUUCCAGUUUAUAUGUUUAUCUUGCAGUAA